UUAGCUUUUCCUCAGGGAAGGAGUCAGGAGGAGGCCAUUUUUUCUUCUAGCAGCUUCUAGACUUUCUUCUUUCCUUUUCCUCUGAGCAUGGGGCUAGCUUGGUGACCACCACCUGGACCACUGCUUCGAAGCCUAACUAUAGCCCUCCCGUCCCUCCAGGACAUCCAGGGCCUGUCAGGCUCUGCCUCCAAGGCACAUUUCGUGGGGCCUGCUCAAUUCUACUCUUCUGCUCAUCCAGCAGCUUCUUUACAGUGACCCUAGGGCCUCAUACCUGCUUUGCUUCCUGUUACUGGAACAACAUAGUCCCCCAGAUUUCUGCGAUCUGAGCCCCAGAGUUCAUCAUUUAUGGAAAAAGAUAUGAAAAAAGGUGGCAAAACCACCCAAUUUCGACAUGUCCCCAGAGAGCCCCUAAUCUACACUCCAUCAGAUGAGGAGAGCCCUACUUCUUCCGAGCAGUUGGAUGCAGAGCAAGAUUUUUUCUCAGGUGGCACAACCCCUGAGAGAAGGAGGCCAGGCACCUUCAUCCUCUCCGGACGAACCAGCCAGGAGGCCACGUCUCAGGACGAAGAUCACCGCCCUACCAUCCCGCCCCCAAGACGAGGUUUCAAAACAUGUUACAUCUGUGGAAAAGAGUUUGGUUCCCGGUCUCUCUCCGCACAUGAAUCCCAGUGCUUGGAGAAGUGGCACACUGAGAACAACAAGUUACCAAGGCACCUCAGGAGGCCGGUUCCUCAGAAACCUGAGGGCGCCGGUGGUACAGACACCGCCUCUGAGCAGGAUUCAGAUGAAGCUGCUUUCCAGAAAUCUCUGCCUCAGCUACUGGCCUGUGAAAACUGUAAUCGCACGUUUCUGUCCGAACAAUUCCCGGGUCACCAGAAGACCUGUCAGCCCAAGGAUGGCGGAUCCAACACCACCAAACAGAGCGUGUGUUUCAGUCCCCACAGUAGGAAAAUCCUAGGGACCUCUCUGUUUCGUCCCCAGGUUCUUCCCUGCUAUAUCUGUGGUGGGGAGUUCAGCUCCUUUUCCCUGCCCAAUCACGAGCUCAGCUGCCUGGAGAAGUGGAAGAUACGGAACAAACGACUCCCCAAAGAACUCCGCCAGUCUCCUCCAAAGAAGCCUGAACCGUCAACCUCCCGAGAGGCCGAACAAAGGGGCGGGGGAGUGAGCCGUGUGUCUCAACUGGUGCCCUGUUCCAACUGUGGCCGCACCUUUGUCCCAGAGCGAUUGUCAGUGCAUCGGAGGAGUUGCAAGGCUCCUGGGCCCAUUAUGAAGAACUUGAUUUUAAGGGGCCGGCUUACCAGAGAGGACCCGAGUGAAAGUGGUCAGUCAAGUAAGGAGGUGCCCUCCACAUCUAGCAAGCCACCUGUGGUAAAGCAGCCGAAAAUGGUAUUUUGCUAUAUAUGUGGCCGGGCAUAUGGAACAAAGUCCAUUAGCAUCCAUGAACCACAGUGUCUUCAAAAGUGGCACGCAGAAAACAACGCACUACCCAAGAAGUUACAAAAACCGGAACCCCAAAAACCUGAAGACCGGUCCAAAGAUGACAAAGGCUUCUCUGAUGUCCGUGCUUUGAAUGAGGCUUUCUGGAAUAGUUCCCAGAGUCAGCCGGUUCAUUGUGAUACUUGCGGGCGUUCCUUCCUGCCAGACAGACUGAUUAUCCACCAGCGCUCUUGUAAACCAAAAGCAGCCAAGUAAAGCCGUCCCUCACCAAAGUGUUAAAAGAACGAUAUCCCAUUGGAAAGAUGUCAGAGUGCAGGGAGAGACAGUGGUGGGGGAGGGGGCUAACAAGGGGGCUUAGAUGUCCUAGAAAACUCACAGCCCCUUGUGAAAUAAUUGUUGAUUUUCUGGGUCCAGAGGUUGAUGUUCUCCAAUGAGUCAAAUCCUCUGAUGAGGCAAAGGGUCUCCAGGUCCAAUGGACAGGUUUCUCACUUUGGUCAGUUAGGCUGGUGGUUGUGUUUCAAGACUGAAGAGAGAAUCAUAAGAAUAUGAGCAAUGCCUAGAAUUCUGUCUCCAAUAGAGACACUGGGAUACUUGGAGGAACUACAUGGUGGUAACCAUCCAAGACAUCUUUCCUCAUGGUUCUGGUUGGACCAUCUACCACCCCUAACCUUUUCUCCAACUUCUCUAAAUUUCUCUCAUGUUGCCUUUUGUCUAUGAAGCUAACCAAGCCCCUCUUGAAUUCACUGAGACUGCCUCAUUUCCUGAGAAGCCGGGUUUCCUCCCUCUUCCUUGGGCUCAGGAAGACUAUGGGUUUUAUAUUCAAUCUUUCAAAGAGGCUACUGGGUUAUGUUGGGUUCCAGAGGGACACAGGAGACUGUCUAGACCUUCCUUGGUCUCUGAGUUGUCCUGACUAACUGGGUCACCUCCUCCCUCCUUUGUGCUCAGCCUCAUCUCAGUAUCUGUCUAUUUCUAGAACUACAGUUUGGACCUUAUUCACUAGAGGAACAGGGACCAAAUCUAAAGCAUUUCACUCCCAGUAUCUGAUCCAAUCCAACCUCCUGGGUUAAGUCCAGGAGAUCUCUAAUUCAUUAAAAGGGACCAGGUCUCACCUGAAGUCUCACCUUCUCCCAGAACUAAUUCUCUAAACCUGAUGGUCUGGCCUGAAGCCAUGUUUUUUGUUUGUUUGUUUUGUGUUUUUUGUGUUUUUUUUUUACCCCCAUAGCUGUUACGUUUAAGAUUUCUGAUUCAAGGAAGAGGCCUAAGUUUAGGAAAUUCAACCUAGGGCCUAGCUAUCAGUACUAAUGACAUCAAUGGAAGAUAAUUGGCAUGAACUCAAAACAAGACCUCACUGAUCCAGGAAGCCACUUGCCUGCUCUUUUCUCUUCCCCUGAUCUAACUCCUCCAUCUCCGAUCAAUUCAAAUUGAAACACCUCAGUGCCCUCUGAAGAGACGAACUCCUCGAGCAAUGGCGGGCACUUGGGGGUGAGGAAGGAGGGAGAGUUGUUUGAAAUUCUGCAUUUCCUUGAAGUCAGUAAACCUGACAAAUGUGUAUUAGUUCCCAGGGAGCUUACCCUUCCCUCGAUGAUGAAGAGCAGACAAAGGUUAAGGUACUUGGGAUGGCUAGGCUGAUCCAGGCUAUUCCUGGUGCUGGAUGUGAUAUUAUUACAGGCAUCUGAAAAAAUGUAGCUUCCCCACCAACCCUGAUAACUAGUUCUGAACAAACUUUAAUUGAAUUCCCUUCUCCCAUGGAUGGAGCUCAGGCCGUGGGAAGCGUUCCAGGUUUUCCCUGAUGAUCAUUUGAUCAUUUGCACAUUGCAGGCAUUCAGAUCAAGCCUGGAAGGAAUAUCGCGGCUGAAAGGGAGCACGGGGAGCUGAAUGAACUUGAUGCAUGAGCCCGGCCUCACUUCCUGGAGUGAGGUUGGGCUAGGUAACAGGCCCACAAUCCUGUAGCUCCUUUUGGAUUUAGCUUGGGCCUUGUCCUGGCCUUGGGUGGAUUGGAUCAGGCUGGGAUCCAGAUUUUCAGCCCAUCCAAGACCCUACUCCUUUCUCCCCUUUCUUUCCCGUCUUGAUUCUGCUUUAUCAGCUGCUCCCCUCACUCCCCGGCCUGGGCGGGCACCAUGUCCAUUCCAGGGAAGGGGAGAGGGUUUUCCUUUCCCCAUUCUUGGUGACCCUUAUUCUCCCUUGGAGAGCAGUCCCCUCCCUUAUCGCUCCCUCACACUGACUGGCCCUCAGGCCCGGGAAUCGCUUUGCCUGUUUCUGCUGGCACGGUACACUCCCUGCAAGACUGGGGAAAGAUGAAAAAUGUUUUCCUGCCUGCAGAGGAAACAAAGAAAAACCCAACUGGCAUGUGGAAAACUGCUGAUAGUGGCUAAAAUGAAACUGAAGAAAGGCUGAAAAAAAAUUAAGUUAUAGCAGCAGGAAAUGUACCACUAAUUCCCAGACAUGAAGGUUUGCAAGAAUCCUGGUCUACACAUCCACACUCCUGGGUUGGGUCAGCCCACUGAAACUGGGUUUGAAAGAGUCUCCGAUGCCCAUGGUAGCUAAUCGCUGUUGUUUGGGCACAGGGGAGAGGGGUCAAAGACAGGGUCCAUUUAUAAUGUCAAUAUCAUUUUAGUAAAAAGGAAACCUGUAACUCAGGCAGUAUUGAUCAUGCCUCAGCCAAAUAUUUGGUGAAAGAUGGCACCAUAUGAUCAACCCAUCAUUUACCCUGAGUGUGAGUGAAGAAUUACACCCGGGAACGUGACUCCUAUGUUCGCGUGAUAAAAGCAGAGCAUGGUUUAGUAGGUGUAGGUGACUUAGACAAUCACAGAUCACCAGGCAGCUCUGUCAGAAGCAUGGCAGCUGGACUCCAUGAUGUAAACACUGAACACAAUCCUAGAUGAGACCUUCCUGCUCUCUUUCCUUAGGGAGAAGUUAGUGCUAGAAGGCAGGGGCGGAUAUACAGUUAAGUCCCGGAAUCCACACUGUGGAUUCCAUCUAGGAGAAGAUGACACCACUGAGGAAGGGCCAUCUUUAUUUAACAGGUAAAGCGGGCAACCUGUGGGUCCCAGAAUUUGCACAUAUUGCAAAAGUAUUACUUCUCAUUUAAAUGGUUUAGCCUGCUAAUGGCUGGCUCUAGCAGGCUACAUCCUUAAAGUGACCAAUGAACAUGGUUGAGUUUCUAAAUAAGUUAAACAUGACUGUAUGCAACUCCCAGCUGUUAGUGACUGAUCUAUUGCAUUAGUCUCCACUAAGAUUCCCCAGAGGCUACUCCCAGGGGUUUGCUGUCAUUAAGAGGGUCCCAUGAGUCAUUCCUCCUACCCUCCACCUCCAGGUGAAGGGAAAUGAAAAUGGCAGGCAUAGAUUCUCUCGUUCAUUAUCAUUACCCUUCCUGAAAGAUGAGGUUUGACAAAAAAUUUUUUUCCCUGCAAGGAUCCUCAGAUGUGUAAAAGAGUAAUGCCAUGAGUCACCUCCCCUCCUCCUGUGUCUUCUCUUGUCUCCCUCUACACCAUCUUGUGAGUGACUGAAGCUCGAAGGGCUCAAUUUGAUGUUUUUCAAUCUGGUUCUCUCCACAGUGGAGUCACUGGUCUCUUUCUCUGAAUUGCGGGGGAGGAGAGUUUAUUAAGACAAAUGAGUAACAAGCUCACAGUAAAUGGGAAUGUUUACUUUUUCUUUCUGCUUUUCUUCCAUCACGUUUCCCAGCUCAUUGUUUGCUACUCUUCUUCCCUUCAUGACCCUUCCUUCCAUUCUUUUAUUCACAUUUUCAUUCUUGGCUCAUGUUUUCUCUCUUAUUCCAUAUGAACUCUAAGAUCAUUGUGAGCAUAGUUGGGUUGAUGUCAUUGUUCUAAGCAAAUAUAUGUUAGAAGAAACAAAUGUAAAAAUGUUGUUUUAUUACAAAGAAAUAGGAUUAUCUGCUUAAACAUUUAUUUCCCACUUGUUUAGAUUCAGAAUCCAGGAAGCGAUCUGAAUUAAAUUCUAAGAGUUUUUGUUAUAAGAUAGAAAUUAGCUACAUAGAAAAUUGUGUUCUGUUUACAUAGUGUAUUUCUUUGAAUGAUACUAAAUCUGCUUUUUUUUUUUUUUUUAGAAUAAGUGGUAUUACAGGGUUUGAAUGUUCUCUGGUCAUCCUGGCAUAAUAUCAGUAAACAUUUUAGUCAAGUGUCCACAAGGAGAUGAAGUAGAGAAGUGGGAUGAUUAUCCAAAUUCUUAAAGGCAAAAACCCUCUGAAACAUUCAGUAAAAGUUGGCAUUUUGCCCAAAUAAUAAAUGUUUGGAUUUUUGAGUUUGUAAUUCUGUUAUUUCACAAUAUGCAAUAGGGGAUGUUUCUAUAAUUGCAAGAAAAGAAGCUUUAACUUCAUCACAGAAAGUGUCAAAACUGAAAGAUGUCAUGUGAUCGGGAACUGACCACAGCUUCUUGGAACCAGACCCUCGUGUUGUUGUCAUAAUUGGAAAAAAUGCAAUUCAUUCCCCAGUUGUUGAUGUGCCACAAGAACAGCAAUUAAAUAAAGUACUUAAAACAA